ACAGCCACACGCCCCAAGGCCUCCAAGAUGAGCUACACGCUGGACUCGCUGGGCAACCCGUCCGCCUACCGGCGGGUCACCGAAACCCGCUCGAGCUUCAGCCGCCUGAGCGGCUCGCCGUCCAGCGGCUUCCGCUCGCAGUCGUGGUCCCGGGGCUCGCCCAGCACCGUGUCCUCCUCCUACAAGCGCAGCAUGCUCGCCCCGCGCCUCGCCUACAGCUCGGCCAUGCUCAGCUCCGCCGAGAGCAGCCUCGACUUCAGCCAGUCCUCGUCCCUGCUCAACGGCGGGGCCGGGCCGGGCGGCGACUACAAGCUGUCCCGCUCCAACGAGAAGGAGCAGCUGCAGGGGCUGAACGACCGCUUCGCCGGCUACAUCGAGAAGGUGCACUACCUGGAGCAGCAGAACAAGGAGAUCGAGGCGGAGAUCCAGGCGCUGCGGCAGAAGCAGGCCUCGCACGCCCAGCUGGGCGACGCGUACGACCAGGAGAUCCGUGAGCUGCGCGCCACCCUGGAGAUGGUGAACCACGAGAAGGCUCAGGUGCAGCUGGACUCGGACCACCUGGAGGAAGACAUCCACCGGCUCAAGGAGCGCUUCGAGGAGGAGGCGCGGCUGCGCGACGACACCGAGGCGGCCAUCCGCGCGCUGCGCAAAGACAUCGAGGAGGCGUCGCUGGUCAAGGUGGAGCUGGACAAGAAGGUGCAGUCACUGCAGGAUGAGGUGGCCUUCCUGCGGAGCAAUCACGAAGAGGAAGUGGCCGACCUGCUGGCCCAGAUCCAGGCGUCGCACAUCACGGUGGAGCGCAAAGAUUACCUGAAGACAGACAUCUCGACGGCGCUGAAAGAGAUCCGCUCCCAGCUGGAGUGCCACUCCGACCAGAACAUGCACCAGGCCGAAGAGUGGUUUAAAUGCCGCUACGCCAAGCUCACCGAGGCUGCCGAGCAGAACAAGGAGGCCAUCCGCUCCGCUAAGGAAGAGAUCGCCGAGUACCGGCGCCAGCUGCAGUCCAAGAGCAUCGAGCUGGAGUCAGUGCGCGGCACCAAGGAGUCCCUGGAGCGGCAGCUCAGCGACAUCGAGGAGCGCCACAACCACGACCUCAGCAGCUACCAGGACACCAUCCAGCAGUUGGAAAAUGAGCUUCGGGGCACGAAGUGGGAAAUGGCUCGUCAUUUGCGAGAAUACCAGGAUCUCCUGAACGUCAAGAUGGCUCUGGACAUCGAGAUCGCUGCGUACAGGAAGCUCCUGGAGGGUGAAGAGACCAGAUUUAGUACGUUUGCAGGAAGCAUCACUGGGCCGCUGUAUACGCACCGACAGCCCUCGGUCACAAUAUCCAGUAAGAUCCAGAAAACCAAGGUCGAGGCUCCCAAGCUAAAGGUCCAGCACAAAUUUGUGGAGGAGAUCAUAGAGGAAACCAAAGUGGAGGAUGAGAAGUCGGAGAUGGAAGAGGCCCUGACCGCCAUCGCGGAGGAGUUGGCAGUUUCCAUGAAGGAGAAGGAGGAGGAGGCCGCUGAAAAGGAAGAGGAAGAAGCAGCUGAAGAAGAAGCUGAAGCUGCCAAGAAAUCUCCAGUGAAGGCCGAAGCACCUGAAGUGAAAGGAGAGGAAGGAGAAGAGAAGGAGGAGGAGGAGGAGGAAGAGGAAGAGGAGGAGGGCGCUAAGUCAGACCAAGCUGAAGAGGGCGGCUCUGAGAAGGAAGGCUCCAGUGAAAAAGAGGAGGGUGAAGAGGGAGAAACAGAGGCGGAGGGGGAAGGAGAGGAAGCGGAAGCCAAGGAGGAAAAGAAAAUCGAGGAAAAGAGAGAGGAGGUGGCCCCCAAGGAGGAGCUGGUGGCGGAAGCCAAGGUGGGAAAACCAGAAAAAGCCAAGUCCCCGACUGCUAAGUCCCCAGCUGCUAAGUCCCCGGUAGAGGAGGUCAAGGCCAAACCUGAAGCUGGAGUGGGCAAAGGGGAGCAGAAAGAGGCCGAAGGGAAGGAAGCAGCCAAGGAGUCUCCCAAGGAGGAAAAGCCCAAAGAGGUGCCGGCUAAGAAGAAAGUCGAGUCCCCGGGGAAGGAGGAGGCCGUGGAGGCGGUGGUCACUGUCACCAAGACCAUAAAGGUACACGUGGAGAAAGAUGUCAAAGAGGACGGGAAGGGGAAAGAGAAAGCAGAGGAGGAGGGAGGGAGUGAGGAGGACGCAGGUGAUGGCGGCGCCAAGGAAGCCAGGAAGGAAGACAUAGCCAUCAAUGGGGAGGUGGCGGGGAAGGAGCGGGAGCAGGAGACCAAGGAGAAGGGCAGUGGCCGAGAGGAGGAAAAAGGCGUCAUCACCAACGGCUUAGACUUGAGCCCGGCCGAUGACAAGAAAGGGGGUGACCAAAGUGAGGAGAAAGUGGUGGUGACCAAAACGGUAGAAAAAAUCACCAGUGAGGGGGGGGAUGGUGCUACCAAAUACAUCACUAAAUCCGUCACCGUCACUCAAAAGGUCGAAGAGCAUGAAGAGACCUUUGAGGAGAAAUUAGUGUCCACCAAAAAGGUAGAGAAAGUCACUUCACACGCCGUAGUAAAGGAGGUCACCCAGGGUGACUAAGAUUCGAGUCCAUUGCAAAAGGUUAAGCCAUAUGACAAUUUCAAAAUGCAUGUGAUCGGCAGCUUCAAAACAGAACGGGUUCUCCCAUGGGGGCUCCAGACAUUGUAUUUUACUUUGUGCAAUACGAGGGGACUGCAUGCAAGCUCAGAGUGCUCCCCCUUCAGUCUUUGGGGGAUUCAAAUGCAUGAUACUGUACGCACCUGGGGAAUUUGCCAAUUUCCUAAGCUGUGGGAAGGGGGACACUGGGGGGAAAUGUCUUGAGAUGUAUUAUGCAAAGUACUAACUGAGCCAAAAAUAAUAAAUGAAGAGAACUCUCUUAGCCUUAAGAAAGCUAUAUAUGAAUAAUUAUGUUUACCUCACUGGUGCAGUUAAAGUGGACUUUUGUUCAUGGGAGAACCUCUGUUGACAUGCACAGUUUGCAAUCUUACGUUGAUCGAUGUUAAACGUCACAGCAGUACUUGCUCAAUAAAGGUCAUAUUGGAAACAUAG